GUUCAUAUCACAUAGUAACUCUUAGUAAUUAAUACUAGUUAUAUCAUCAUUAUUCUUGAGAAUGAGUACUAGACGGAUUAAGGUUCGCAAAAGUGUUCGUCUCGCAAAGAUAGAAAAUCAAAAUAUUCAACAAGUGACUUUCUCAAAACGCCGAAAUGGUGUCUUCAAGAAAGCAAACGAGCUUGUUGCUAUGACUGGUGCUGAAGUUGGCAUCAUCGUGUGUCCACAAGGUAGCAAGCCUUACUCUUUUGGUCAUCCAAAUGUAAAUGAAAUCAUCAACAAAUAUGUUGGCGAAAAAAGGUCUCCAUCACCAUCAUCACCAGGCAUUGAUGACAAGUAUGUCCAGAUGUUCCGAAAAGCCAAUUCUAGAGAACUUAACACACGACUCAAUUCACUGCAAGACCAACUGGAUUUUGCAUUAAACAUGAAAAGCAAACUCAAGCAAAUGAAUAAGAAAGUGGAGAGCCAACAAGAAUGGUUCAAGGGUCCUAUAGAGAAGAUGAACUACAUCGAGGCUUCAAUGUUGAAGGAGGGAUUGGAAGAUCUGCUCUUGAAGGUGAAGAACUAUGGUACUGAGCAUGGUUAUGGUUACGAAAAUGGAAAGUGGAAGGCUGAAUAAAAGCUACUACUAGUUUUGUUUUUUAAUAAUCGUUCAUGUUAUUUAUUUUUAAAGGUUAAACUUGGCGCAACCAUAAAAGUUGUCGUCGUGUGACUAGGAUGUCACAUGUACAACCCAUAAAUAACAUUUUGCAGAAAUGCAAAGUAAGGCAAUCUACAAAAGACCAACAUGGUCAUGGUUUCUCUCUUUCCCGGCCGUAUCCUGCACAUAGCAGGAGUUUAGUGCAGGGGCUAUUCUAGUUAAUCAUUUUUUUUUGCUUGGGGUAUUAUGUGGUGUUUUGGUGAUAUCUACUAUGUAUGCGUAAUAAAAAACAAGAC